AUGAUAUUGAAACGCGAUAACCGAAGAAUCUCAUACGAUGAAAAUAAACUCAAAAUAAAACAGUUAGUGGUGAUCACUAACCAUCGACAGGCUAACUUGAACUCGGGUGUAUUUACAUGCACAGAAGAUGGGAUGUACAAAUUUCAAGUAUACUCUCUCACAAAGAGUAAUUCCAAUCUGUUUCUGGAGUUAUAUGUAAAUAGCAAACUCGUAGCAUCUCUUUGGGGCCACACCCCUGGGGACUAUGCGGCGGCUGGCAAUGCUGUGAUACUGUCGCUUAAGAGUGGAGAUGUCGUAGAAGUCAUGUCAAGAAGCCAGUAUGCCGUGAAUAUAUUUGGCACACCGAAUCAAAUAUACACAACAUUCAUUGGCAUUCAGCUUGGAUCGCUGGAAUUAGGCGCUGAAUCGUCGACCACCCUAUCGGCAUUCUCUGUCAGUUUAACUCAACACCAAGAUGUUCCCGGAGGAAAACCUGUAUUGUAUAACAACGUGUUAGUUGACGUGAAUGGAGCUUAUAACGUCAGUACCGGUGUUUACACAGUGCCGUCUAGUGGACUUUAUAUCUUUCACUUUUUUAGUUUAGCCCGUCGAAACAAAGACCUCUGGCAAGAACUAUACCAUAACAACCAGUAUGUUUGUUCUAUAUAUGGACUAACCGACCAUGACUGGGCCGACGCCGGAAACACGGUGCUCUUACACCUAAAACAGAAUGACCAAAUCAGUAUCCGUGCACACACAAACAACAGUCUGUAUGGGACCACAAACCAAGUGUACUCGACAUUUACCGGCGCACAGCAGUUACUGAUGCUGACAUUAGAUCUGAACGAGAUUUUCAUUCUUGUUGUCACAGCAUUCACUAUAAGUUACCGACCCAUUUAUCUUUUAGAAGAACCAGUCAAUGCAUUCUCUGUUGGACUUUCCCAUCAUGCAACAGUUGCCGAUCAUUAUAAAGUUAUAUUUGAUCGGGUAUUCAUUGACCUUCAACAUGCUUAUGAUCAGAAGACGGGCGAGUUUAUAGUUCCUGUAUCGGGACUGUACGAGUUCAACUACCAUGCCCUCGGCAGGCAAAAUGGAAAGAUAUGGCUUGAACUGUUCCAUAACUAUAGAUACGUUAACUCUCUGUACAGUCAUACACCCGGCCAUUUUGCCACCGCCGGCAACGCUGCAAUCCUCAAUGCCUCCAAACAGUUUCUGGUGGACCGAGGUAUCUAUAGGCCAAGUCGUGGCCUGCGCCUGGUCAUGCCUUUUGCGUUUCUGGUGUACAUGCUCCCAGGUCUGAUCUUUCUCACCACAUGGGCAGGUUGGUGA